AUGCUGUGCCAACUCCCAGACGAGCUUCUGCUCAUCACAGGCGCAACAGGCCACAUUGGCUUCUGCGUUCUUCUCCACGCUCUUCGCGCAGGCCACACCGUCCGCUGCGCAGUUCGCUCAGAGGCAAAGGCCGCCUUCAUCCGCUCUCGCCCGCAGAUCCUCGCUCUCAACCUUCCUCGCGCCCGCCUCAACUUCACAAUAGUCCCCGACAUCACCGCAGACGGCGCAUACGACGAGGCGAUCCGCGGCGUCUCCCACGUCAUCCACUCCGCAUCUCCGCUCGCGACGGCAGACUCGGUACCGCCAGAGCAGCACCAGGAGUACUUCAUCCAGCCCGCCAUGCGCGGCACUCUGGGUAUGCUCGAGGCCGCGAGACGCGCGGGCACCGUCCGCCGCGUUGUCAUCACCAGCUCCGUCGUCGCCCUUCUCUCGGUAGCGCAGAUGGAGGGCAAGGAGCGCCGCGAGAAGGCGGUCCUCCCCACCGAGAGAGCCGGCUUCAAGCCCGAGCCGUACGAGAGCGAGUUCGCGGCCUACGCCGCCAGCAAGGUCGCCGCACUCCUCAGCGCCGAGGCGUGGUUGGCACGCGAGAAGCCCAGCUUCGACGUGGUCCACUUCCACCCCUCCUUCGUCCUCGGCCACAACGACGUCGCGACGAACAUCGGCGAGGCGAUGAAGGGCACCAACGCAGUCGUCCUCGCCACCCUCCUCGGCAAGAAGUGGGGAUGCGCCUUCGCCGGCGCGACCGUCCACGUCGACGACGUCGCGCGCGCACACGUCCAGGCCCUCCUCCCCACUGUCCCCGGCAACAGGAGCUACAUCCUCAGCACCAAGGCGCGGUGGAACGACGCCAAGCUCAUUGCGAAGAGGAGCUUCCCCGAGGCGGUCGAGAGGAAGAUGAUCAGCAGCAGCGGAUCCGUCGGCACGACAGCGAUCGACUUUGACUCGUCCGCCACGGAGGAGGUCUUCGGGUUCAAGCUGCAGGGGUUCGAGGAGCAGAUCAGGAGCGUGGUCGGGCACUUCCUCGAGCUGAGACUGAAGAGGCCGGCGCCCGCCGCGCCCACGCUGAGGGAGAAGGCCUCGACGACUGGGUUGAGGUCGGGCAUCGUGGCGGCCAACGCCUGA